GUGUUCCACAUCUGCGACAAUGGACGCAAGAUCUCGUUCCUGUGUCCCAACGGCACUAUCUUCCAACAAUCGCAACUUAUAUGCGACUGGUGGUUCAAAGUGGAUUGCAGCAGGUCCACGGAAUUGUACGAGCAGAGCGCCGAGCAAUUGGCCGAGGAGGAGAAGAAACGUACGGAGGCGAGAAAGAUGAAGUCCGAGUUUCAUCGCGCGGCGGAGCAGCAAAAUAAUAACGCGGAUUACUACGAGAACGUCGACUACGACGGUAGACAAAACGGCAGAACGAAUCCGUACGGUCAGCCCGCCGCCAAGCAGAAUCAGAUCCCGGAGAGGCAGGACGAACCGAAGUCCAACCAGCACUUCGGGCCGAACAACGUUUUCGAUAACACUCGUGGUUCUGGUCGCUAUUUCCAAGACAACAACGCGAACGCGUUACGGGCUAACGAGAAGACGAGCCAGACACCCGAGAAUUACGAUCAGUCGUCGAAACAGCGACAAUAUCACAACGGUGGAUCGAAUUAUCAGGCGUCCAAUAAGCAGAGAAAUCAGCUAGAUACGCAGAACGGCAAGUUCAACUACGAUCACAGCAAUAAGUUCCAGGACAGUCGGCAGAAUUAUCAGAGCAACACAGAAAGGCAGGAUCAUUAUCAGUCCAAUCAGAAUACGCCGCGCAACAACGAGAAGCCGGCGUUCAAUAAUCCGAAAUCGCGAACCUCGACGCGAAACAAUCUGUUCGGUUCCAACCAGUCGCAAAAGGCUACGCCGACGUACAUGGAGACGACGACCUUCAGAACUACAACCGCGACGCCUCCGAGGGAGUACCAGCAGUUUGCGGAAAGCGCCGCGUUCGUGUCCAGCCGGGGAAAUCGCUUUAACGCGGCCAAAUCUGAGAACACUCGACAGUAUUAUUAUCAUUCGUACGAUUAUCGAGAUCGUACCACCACCACCACCGCUGAUUACCGUGGUCACGAGACGACGACCACCACGACCACCACGUCCGCGCCGCGGAGGAACGAGGAGAGCGAGACGGUGUCCUUCACGCCGAAAACGGGCGCCCCGCCGUAUCCCGGGCCCACAUACGCUCCUAUCUACAAGGCCAGAACGACGACGUUACCACCUUACGAAACAACGUUGCAGUACACGCCGACGACCGAGACGUCUUAUUACAGCACUCCCUACUACGGGCAAGGCGACAUUCCGGAAACCACGUACGCCAAUGCCGACACGUCGACCGUGACUUCCUCCGCGGAGGAGUACCCGACUACGUCCUUCACUACGUACAGCGAUCUGCGGACGCCCGCCGCGAUAGGUAGAGUGCCACCGGCCCGCGGGAAUUAUCAGAGUCAGCAGUACGUUGAUAACAGGGUGACCGAACAGAGAGACGCCGACACCUCUUUCGCGACUACGCGUCCGUACGUGAAUACGGAGAGCUACCGGCACAACGCCGCCAACGUCACUGCGACCGUCAGUCCGGACCCGUUUCCCUCGUCGACGCCGUUUUACGGAGACUGUCGCGAUCAAGUUCACUCCAAUUGCCAAAACGAGAACAGUAUCACGAACGUCGGGCCCAGAGGUACAACGGGGGAUCCUUGGCGCGCGACUUUGCAAAGCUUCCAGCAGAAUUCGAUCAGCUCGACCGAGAAGCCGUGGAGAAGCACCAACGGUUAUCAGCAGAGUGGAUCCACCAGUAAGACCUUGAGCCCUUACGACACCAGUUUCACGUACAAGCAGGGGAAAGUGCUGUCCACAUUAGGCCC